AUGUUAGAUCCUUCUGCGAAAUCCCACAACACCCAUUUGUGUUUUCCGAUCAUUCCCAAUGAUCACUCAGAUUCCGGCGUCUGUUCGCCUACACUGUGGAGAACCAGUCCGCCGAAGAGCCCUCGUCGCCGUCCGGAGGAUUACUGGAGUCUUUCGCCGGAUUCCAAGGCGCAGGCGAUCGCUCGCGGCCAACGGGAGCUUAUGGAAAUGGUUAGUAAGAUGCCCGAGUCGUGUUACGAGCUUUCCUUGAAGGAUAUUGUCGAAGUGAAGGGAAACGAAGAGAAGGUGUUCGAUGAAAUGCCUAAGAGAACAACGAACAGGCCGAAUAGAGUUGUGAGGAAGACGAAGAGCGAUAAAUGGGUUGAUCCGAAUCGAAACGGUGCGUUUCUUCUGAAGAUGAUGUUUCCGGUUAGCUUAGGAUCUAAGAAAGAUACGACGAAGAAGAAGAAGAAGACGAAGAAGGAGGAAGAUUCGCAGGUUUCACCGAGAGCUUCGAGCUCGGAAGAGUCUGUGAAAGGAGAGGAUAGAGAUUGGUGGAAUAGAUUGUCUGAUUCGAGAGGAAGCGCGAGCACGAAGAGGAGCAGUAGUAUUAGUAGCAGCAGCAGUAUUAGGAGCCGAAGCAGCCUAAGGGAUGAAAACAGUAGCUGUUUAUCUUUCCUAUGGAGGUUACGUUCUUCACGAGACUGA